CCGGCGUCCCAUUUCCACUGCGUCAAUACGCAGGUUGAAGGUCUCCACAAUCACCUCGUCACGCGGCUCGUGCGUCAUUACGCAUUCCGCAGCUCACAAGUUCCAAGACCACAAUGGACGUACGUCAAGUGCCAGUCGUUGACAUCGACGCCCUCAUGGCCUUCCCUUCAGACGCGGAGGUGGACGCCGCUCUGCACGACGCCAAGGACGGAUCCCUCCGCACGAUCAUCGAGGACGUCCGCGAUGCUGCGAGUGAGUGGGGAUUCUUCUACAUCGCCAACCACGGACUCCCCGAGCAGGACGUGGACAAGUUCCAGACCGCAAUGAGGUCGUUCUUCAGCCUCCCAAAAGAAAUCAAGAACAAAAUUCGUCGUAGCGCCACAAACUCCAGAGGCUACUUUGACGACGAAUUGACCAAGAACAAGACGGACUGGAAAGAAUGUCUCGACUUCGCAGGGGUCAAUGAGGACGGGCCCGCGAGUGACAAGCACGAACGACUAGGAGACGACCAGAAUUUGUGGCUUGAAGACAAGCACCUGCCUGGUUUUCGUCAAGAGAUGGUCGAGUAUUACAACAAAAUGGAGUACAUUUCGCGUCGUCUGUUGAAGGUAUUUGCAGUGGCACUGGGAGAGGAACCGGCCUUCUUUGACCAGUUUUUCCACGGUGACAACUCGAGUUUCUUGAGACUGAAUCACUAUCCGGUGGCACCUGAACCUGAGAAGACUAUGGGGGUGUAUCGCCACACGGACGCCGGUGCACUGACGGUACUGUUACAAGACGACAACGUGGCAUCGUUGCAAGUGUUCCACCGGGACUCACAAACGUGGACGCUAGUACCGCCACGUAAGGGAACGUACACCAUUAACAUUGGAGAUAUGGUGCAGGUCUGGUCGAAUGAUAAGUUUGUCGCCCCACUGCAUCGAGUCUUGGCCAGUGGAGGCGCAGAUCGCUUCUCGUCCCCAUUCUUCUAUAACCCGUCGUAUAAGGCGCAGGUGAAGCCGAUUGUAGUGAAGGAAGGCGAAGAAGCCAACUACCGACCGCUGAGCUGGCGCGAGUUCCGGCUGGCUCGUUUCCAGGGCGACUACGCCGACAGCGGAAAGGAGAUUCAGAUUGGCGACUUCAAAAUCAACGGACCGAUUGACGUUGCCAACUCGUAGAUGGUGAAUGAUCUGAAGAUGUGCAGCCCCUAGAAAUAUGAAGGUGUCAUGGCUUUCAAACAUAAGAAAGGAUAGAAUGUCUGGAAUGGACCAGUCAAAUAAAAGCCCAAACUUGCUAGCACACAGGGUCUUCUUCCGAUGCUUUGUUAACUAUUUUAUCAAGCAUUUUUUU